CCAACAUUAGACGGGAUAGGCUGACUGGUUCUGUAUCUGCGCCUCCAACAGAACCAGUCUCCUCCCCUAAAGUUGAUGUGAAAGAGAGAACAUUAUGCUGUCUGAACACGGGAAGAAGUUGGGUUCAUAAACUAAAUCGGCAGUUUGUUUACAGUAACUCCAAGUUUUUCCUUUGUCGUCUUUUUGUAAUUUUGACUGGUAAAAACGGGAAAACAUGUCUCGUUUCUGGGCGGUGUUGUUCGCAAUUUGACGAGUGAUACGCAGGAUUGUUGCCAAGAUACAUUGUAACGUGUCAGAGGGAUAACUUAAUCAAACCAAGACGGCUGUAUGUCCCUGGAAAGACGACUUUUGGACAGAAUUAAGCGAAAAUGUCAGACAACAGAUCUAGUUUUCUUCAUAUUGGAGACAUUGUGUCGCUGUACGCAGAAGGCACUGUCAAUGGCUUCAUCAGUACAUUGGGGCUUGUUGAUGACAGGUGUGUGGUGCAGCCCGAUGCAGGAGACCUGGCCAAUCCGCCCAAAAAGUUCAGAGACUGCCUGUUCAAGGUGUGUCCGAUGAACAGGUACUCUGCUCAGAAGCAGUUCUGGAAGGCCAAACAGGGCAAACAAGGCAACAACAACACACAAGAAGACCUAUUCAAGAAGUUACAGCAUGCAGCAGAACUGGAACAGAAGCAGAAUGAGACGGAGAAUAAGAAGCUGCUGGGAGAGGUGGUAAAGUACAGUAACGUCAUCCAGCUUCUGCAUAUAAAGAGUAACAAGUACUUGACGGUGAAUAAGCGUCUGCCAGCGCUGCUGGAGAAGAACGCCAUGCGUGUGUCUCUGGACCCAGCCGGCAAUGAGGGCUCCUGGUUCUACAUCCAGCCCUUCUGGAAACUCCGCAGCGAGGGGGAUAACGUGGUGGUGGGAGACAAGGUGGUCCUGAUGCCCGUGAACGCAGGGCAGCCUCUCCACGCCAGCAACAUUGAGCUGCUAGACAACCCCGGCUGCAAGGAGGUGAACGCUGUGAACUGCAACACCAGCUGGAAGGUCACUCUGUUCAUGAAGUUCAGUGACUACAGAGAGGACGUCCUCAAAGGAGGUGAUGUGGUGCGCCUGUUCCACGCUGAACAAGAGAAGUUCUUGACAUGUGACGAAUACAGGAAUCAGCAGCACAUCUUCCUCAGGACCACCCUGAGACAGUCUGCCACCUCUGCCACCAGCUCCAAAGCACUCUGGGAAAUAGAGGUUGUGCACUACGACCCCUGCAGAGGAGGUGCCGGCCAGUGGAACAGCCUGUUUCGCUUCAAACACCUGGCCACUGGAAACUACCUGGCUGCAGAGAUUAACCCUGAUUUCCGGGAUGAAAGUGUGGAUUCUAAAGCAGAGGUGAAUCAGACGGAGACAGAUACAGCGUACUCCAAGAGGAAGCGUCAGGCUGCAGAGAAGAUAGCCUGCACCCUGGUGUCUGUGCCCCAUGGCAACGACAUCGCCUCUUUGUUUGAGCUGGACGCCACCACGCUGCAGAUGGCUGACUGUCUGGUGCCCAGGAACUCGUACGUACGGCUGAGACACCUAUGUACCAACACCUGGGUGAGCAGCACCAACUUCCCCAUCGACGCUGAGGAGGAGCGCCCCGUCAUGCUCAAGAUUGGCACGUGCCCUACGAAGGAGGACAAGGAGGCAUUUGCUAUUGUCUCUGUACCCCUGUUUGAGGUCCGAGACCUGGACUUUGCCAACGAUGCCAACAAGGUCCUAGAGUCGACUGUGAAGAAGCUGCAGUAUGGCAACAUUGCUCAGAACGAGAGGAGGUUUGUGACCAAGCUGUUGGAGGACCUGAUCUUCUUUGUGUGCGAGGUCCCCAAUAACGGUCAGGACGUGCUGUCUGUGGUCAUCUCCAACCCCAACAGGGAAAGGCAGAAACUAAUGAGGGAACAGAACAUUCUAGCCCAGAUUUUUGGUAUUCUGAAGGCUCCAUUCACGGACCAGGGGGAGGGUCCCAUGCUGAAGCUGGAGGACUUGGGGGACCAGCGCUACGCUCCCUUUAAGUACAUGCUGCAGCUGUGCUACCGGGUGCUGCGCCACUCCCAACAGGACUACCGCAAGAACCAGGAGUACAUAGCCAAGAAGUUCUCCAUCAUGCAGUCUCAGAUCGGUUAUGAGAUCCUGGCGGAGGACACAAUUACAGCUCUGCUCCACAACAACCGCAAGCUGCUGGAGAAACACAUCACAGCCAAGGAGAUCGAGACCUUCGUCAAACUGCUGCGACGCAACCGAGAGCCCAGGUUCCUGGACUAUCUGUCAGACCUGUGUGUGUCCAAUAAGACGGCCAUUCCAGUGACACAGGAGCUCAUCUGUAAAUUCAUGCUGAACUCCGCCAAUGCUGACAUCCUCAUCCAGACAAAGCUAAUCCCCAACACAGAGACAUCCCUGGAGUCGUCCUUGCUGCUGGAGGACACAGAGGAGGAGGAGGUGUGGCUCUACUGGAUCGACAGCCACAAGGAGCCGCACGGCAAGUCCAUCCGCCACCUGGCCCAGGACGCCAAGGGCAACCACAAGCUGGACAGUGACAUCAUCACCUACUACAGAUACCAGCUCAACCUGUUUGCCAAGAUGUGUCUGGACCGCCAGUACCUGGCCAUCAACCGGUUGUCCAGCCAGCUGCCCGUGGAACUGAUCCUGCGCUGCAUGUUUGACGACUGCCUGCCCUACAACCUGCGCGCCUCUUUCUGCCGCCUCAUGCUGCACAUGCACGUGGACCGCGAGCCCCAGGAGGCCGUGGUGGCCGUGCGCUACGCCCGCCUCUGGACCGAGAUCCCCUCCAAGAUCACCAUCCAUGAGUAUGAGUAUGAGUUCAGAGACACCUCCAGAGAGGAGAUGAAGAGGAAGUUUGCCCCCACCAUGGAGUUUGUAGAGGAAUACCUCAAAGACGUGGUCAGCCAACCCUUUCCCUUUGAAGAUAAAGAGAAGAAUGAACUGACUCUGGAGGUGGUACAUCUGGCCCGUAACCUGGUCUACUUUGGCUUCUACAGCUUCAGUGAGCUGCUGCGUCUCACACGUACCCUCCUGGCCAUACUGGAUUUUGUCCAGCACCCACUCACCUACAUGGACAAGCUCAGCAAGAGUCCCGAGGCAGGAAACAACGUGUUGCGUACCAUCCACGGCGUGGGGGAGAUGAUGACACAGAUGGUGCUGAGUAGAGGGUACGUCCUGCCUCACCACCUCCCCGACACGCCCCCGUCCCUCCAGCACGGAAUACAACCCUUCCUUCUGCCCGACAACGAAGACGUCAUGGUCAUGGAUACCAAGCUCAAAAUCAUUGAGAUCCUACAGUUCAUCCUGAGUGUGCGGCUGGACUACAGGAUCACCUACUUGCUAUCCAUCUAUAAGAAAGAAUUUGGCGACAGGAAUCUACCGGACAGCUCUAUGUCGGUGUCUGAAUUCCCCUCCAUGUCAGAUCCAGACAUAGAUGAGAUUGCAGCCAAAGCAGAGACCAUGUUUGCUGGAAGUUCAGAGUGUAGUGCUGUGGAGCUGGAUGACGAAGGGGGUAGGACCUUCCUGAGGGUGCUGAUCCAUCUCAUCAUGCAGGACUACCCCCCACUGGUCUCAGGCUCGCUGCAGCUCAUGUUCAAACACUUCAGCCAGAGAGCAGAGGUCCUACAGGCCUUCAAACAGGUCCAGUUGCUGGUGUCGGAGCAGGAUGUAGAGAACUACAAGCAGAUCAAGACAGACCUGGACCAGCUAAGGCUGACGGUGGAGAAGUCUGAACUGUGGGUGGAGAAAAGUGGAGCCUACGGCAGUGAGGACAUAGGAGAGAGUCAGGGCAAGGAGCAGACCAUGGAGGAGGCUGGAAUCCUGAGCCCAGUACAGGGUGGGGAUGUGAAGCCCCAGAUAGACAGCAACAAAGCCAACAACUACAACAUUGUCAAAGAGAUCCUGCUGCGGCUCAGUAAGCAGUGUUACCCCGGGAAAAAGAGUCGUGUGCAGCAGCAGAGGCUACUGAAGAACAUGGGCGCUCACACUGUGGUGCUGGACCUGCUCCAGAUACCUUAUGAGAAGAGUGAUAAGAAGAUGAAUGAGAUCAUGACACUGGCCCAUGUGUUCCUGCAGAACUUCUGUAAAGGGAACAGCCAGAACCAGGUUCUGCUCCACAAACACCUCAACCUGUUCCRCACACCAGGGCUCCUGGAGGCUGAGACCAUGCGCUACAUCUUCAUGAACAACUUCUAUCUGUGCAACGAUAUCAGUGACCGUGUGGUCCACCAUUUUGUUCACUGCAUCGAGACGCACGGCCGACACGUCCAGUACCUCAAGUUCCUCCAGACCAUCGUUAAGGCCGACGGGAAGUAUGUCAAGAAGUGCCAGGACAAGGUCAUGACCGAGCUGGUGAACGGUGGCGAGGACGUGCUGGUGUUCUACAACGACCGCUCCUCCUUCCCGGUGCUGUUCCAGAUGAUGUGCUGCGAGCGGGAGCGUGGGGACGAGGGCGGAGCCCUGGCCUACCACAACACUCUGGUAGAGCUCCUCGCUGUCUGCACUGAGGGCAAGAACGUAUACACCGAGCUGAAAUGUAACUCCCUGCUGCCCCUCGACGACAUUGUCAAAGUGGUCACCCACGAAGACUGCAUCCCUGAGGUGAAGACGGCUUACGUGAACUUUGUGAACCACUGCUAUGUGGACACGGAGGUGGAGAUGAAGGAGAUCUACACCAGCCACCACAUCUGGAAGCUCUUUGAGAACUUUCUGGUGGACAUGGCACGGGUGUGCAACAGCACCACGGACCGUAACCAUGCCGACGUUCCCCUGGAAAUGUAUGUGAUUGAGACAGUAAUGGCCAUCGUCAAGGGCUUCUUCAGCUCCCAGUUCCCUGUCAACAACUCCAACCUGCAGACCCACCAGCCCAUCUUCAUCAAGCUGCUCCAGUCUUCCUUCAGGAUCUAUAACUGCACCUGGAUCAGCUCGGCCCAGAAGAACAACAUUGAGGGCUGCAUCAAAACACUGGCUGACGUGGCCAAGGCGCGUGCCAUAGCCAUACCGGUGGAUCUGGACAGCCAGGUGAACACUCUGUCUCUGAAGGCCCACACCAAUGUGGUGCAUCGUGCCGCCAAGGACUGGAGGAUCUCAGCACGCACCCGGCCCCGAAAGGAGACCCUAGGAGGGCCCGACUACAAGAGCAUCAUCGAGAAGCUGCAGGGUGUGGUGGCAUGUCUAGAGGAGCAGUUCAGUCCUAAGGUGCAGGCCGAGUUCUCUGUGUUGGUGGAUGUACUACACAGCCCUGAGCUGUUGUUCCCAGAGGCUGCCAGACUGCGCUGUGAGAGUGGAGCCUUCAUGUCCAAACUGAUCAAACACACCAAGAAGCUGAUGGACAAAGAGGAAAAACUGUGCAUUAAGAUCCUGCAGACACUUAGAGAAAUGCUGGACAAGAAGGAGGCCUUCGAUGAGCCUGUGAGUACUGAUCCAGACAUGGGAAAUGUGUUAAGGCAUAUUCUCCUCACUCGCUACUUUGGAAAUCAAAGGCUUCUCUCCAAAUCAGAGUUUGGGAGCGGGAACAGCUCGGCUGGAGGCUUUGGAGGUGGCUCUCUGGUCCAGGACUCUGACAAGCCGAGCAGCAGCAUGGUGGACAUCCAGUGUCUGCUUGACAGUGAGGGAGCCUCAGAGCUGGUCAUAGACCUCAUUGUCAGUACCAAGAACGAUCGCGUGUUCCAGGAGAGCAUCCUGCUAGGCAACGCCCUGCUGCGGGGGGGAACACAGCUUCAGGAUACAGGCUGGGGAGGAGGGGGUAGGCUCCACUCAGGUACAGUGGGUGAGGAGGGGUAG